GGGGCCUGGGCGCGGCGCGGCGCGGGAGGGCGGCGGCGGGGCCGCGGAGCCAUCAGAGCUCUGUUUGCAGUGCAGUGACCUGAGUGGACCGGACGGAUGGGCAGCGGCUGGCGAGGUUGCCCGCGUGCCCCUGCCUGCCAGGGGCCCCCCCACCAUGGCUAUUGUGCAGACUCUGCCCAUGGCCCUCGAGGCCAGCACUGAGGGGGCCACGCAGCUGCGCGCUGCUCCCCGCUCACCCCCCAUUGCCAUGGGCAGCGUGGGCAGCCUCCUGCCCGGCCGGCCCCACCAUGACUGCGCCAGCCAGCCCUGCGCCAGCGGGCCCUCCGCCACCACCUUCCGCAAGCAGGAGGGGCUGCUGCUCCGGGCCACCCCCCGGGACCCCUCAUCCCCCGAGGAACCCCACACAGCUGUGCCAGGUAUCGCCCACGCCUACGCCAACGGGGGCUUCUGCGGCGACUGGCUCGAUGCCUCCUCUCCCAUCAGCCCCUGCAGCGACUCGGACGAGCCCCGCGAUGACCAAGCUCCGAGUGACCACCUCCGGGGGCCGCCCCCCAAGCUCGUCCCUGUGUCUGGCAGACUGGAGGAGAACGUGGAGAAGACCCUGAUCCGCCCCAUGGCCUUCAAGCCGGUGGUGCCCAAGGUGCGGAGCUGCCAGGCGGGCGUGCGCCCGGGGCUCUCGGAGAGCCAGGUGAGCCUCACUCACCUGCUGGGCACCGACAAGCCCGGUGCGCUGAGCUGCCGUGCCAGCACCCUCUCGGACUCGGGUCGCAACUCCCUCUCCAGCCUGCCCACCUACAGCACGGGCUGCAGCCAGCACCCCGAGGCAGGGGCCCCACCGACCACCCCCCACGGGCCCCCCGACGCCCCGGGGGGCUGCCGCCCCUCCAACUCGGACAGCGGGCGCUCGUCCUCCAGCAAGAGCACGGGCUCGCUGAGCGGCCGGGGCCGGCCCUCCUCAGACAGCGGGUCCUGCGGGCGCUCGCCCCUGCCCGGCGAGGAGGCCAUGCUGGUGCGGGAGCUGGAGGACAAGCUGCGGGAGAGGGAGGCCGAGCUGCAGCUCCUGCGUGACAGCCUGGACGAGAACGAGGUGGCCAUCUGCCAGGUGUACGAGGAGAAGCAGCGUCGCUGCGAGCAGGAGCUGGAGGGGCUGCGGCAGCGAUGUGCGGCCCAGGCGCGGCAGGCGGCCCAGGCAGCGCAGCGGGGGCAGCAGGUCCUGCAGCUCCAGGUGCUGCAGCUGCAGCAGGACAAGCAGCAGCUGCAGGAGGACUUGGCCCAGCUGCUGCAGGAGCGGGAGCUGCUGGAGCAGCGCUGCGCCUCCUUCCAGCGCGAGCGCACCGAGCUGGCACCCCGGCUGGAGGAGACCAAGUGGGAGGUGUGCCAGAAGUCGGGGGAGAUCUCUCUGCUGAAGCAGCAGCUGAAGGAGGCGCAGGCGGAGCUGGCGCAGCGGGGCAGCGAGCUGCUGGGGCUGCGGGCGCAGCUGCGGGAGGCGCGGGCGCAGCUGCAGGCAGGCGAGCGGCGGGCGCAGGGGCUGCAGGAGGCCGCGCGCCUCAAGGCCCUGGAGCUGGAGGUCUGCGCCAACGAACUGCAGCGCCGCAAGAGCGAGGCCGACCUCUUCCGCGCCAAGGCCGGGCGGCUGGAGCAGGAGGUGGCGGGGCUGCGGGAGGCCGCUCGCGGGCGAUGCCACCAGGCCGGCCCGGACAGAGGUCCCCAAGGUGGCCCGGAGGGGGGUCCCCAGGCCACGGAGGAGGCGCAUGGCGGCGCGGGGCUGCGGCAGCAGCUGGAGCGGCUGCGUGCGGAGGUGGCGGUGGAGCGGCGGCGCGGGCAAGAGCAGCGGGACGCCUUCGAGCAGGAGCGAGGCACGUGGCAGGGCGAGAAGGAGCGUGUCAUCCGCUACCAGAAGCAGCUGCAGUACAGCUACAUCCAGAUGUACCGCCGCAACCGUCGCCUCGAGCAGCGUCUCCAGCAGCUCCGGCUCCAGGGCAAGGACCCCUCUCCGCCUGAGCACUGUGAUGGCCCCGGCCCCGACACGCCCUUCGAGGAGAUCACGGCCACCGAGAUCUGAGCUGCUGCCGCUGUGCUCAGAGGGCAUCCGGCCCCUGGGAUUUUGGGAGCUGUGGGGCUGCGGGGGGAUCCCGCCUUUCUGCCCAGCUCUGCAGA